AUGCUACGUGGGAGUAGGUGAAGGUAAUGGACCAAAAUGGAGCGUUAAACGCAAAGGGACAAUGAGAUCGCAUGGUUGUCGACGACGCGUUCCUUCCUAACAGAAACAAUGGCCGUGUCUUUACCUCUUCGUUUCAAUUCCCCGUCUUUUUCUCUCUCUUCUCUUAGGGUUGUGAGGAAAGUGAUAGGGAAUCUUAUAACAGAUGUUGUUCAACCAAGGAAUGAAAAGUGGCACUUAGCGAGAAGAGGUGGAAGACUCAUAUCGUUUAAGGGCUGUGUGAAGCUUGUACAUACAAAUUGCCGAACAUCUAUUCCUGGGACCUUGCCAACGCCAAGAAAUGAUGAAAAGGCCUUGUCUAAUAUCUUGAGGAAUAAGAAUGCAGUUCCAGAUGCGGAUCCUCCCAGUAUAAAAGAUGUUAACCUUUUAUAUCAAUUUCUUGACCAGAGUACCAAGCUCACGGUAUUGACUGGAGCUGGAAUUAGUACAGAAUGUGGUAUCCCCGACUAUAGAAGCCCCAAUGGAGCUUAUAGUUCUGGUUUCAAACCAAUAACCCAUCAGGAGUUUCUACGGUCAAUUCGAUCUCGAAGGAGAUAUUGGGCCAGGAGCUAUGCUGGAUGGAGGCGAUUUACGGCAGCACAACCAUCUGCUGCCCAUCGUGCUUUGGCAACAAUGGAGAAAGCUGGCCGGAUCAAUUUUAUGAUUACCCAAAAUGUCGAUAGGCUGCAUCACCGUGCUGGUAGCAACCCAUUAGAAAUACAUGGGACUGUAUACACUGUAAUUUGUAUAGAUUGUGGAUAUUCCUUUUGCCGCAGCUUAUUUCAGGACCAGUUGAAGGCCCUUAAUCCAAAGUGGGCAGAAGCUAUUGAAAAUUUGGACCAUGGAGACCCUGGGUCAGAUAGGAGUUUUGGCAUGAAACAAAGACCUGAUGGUGAUAUUGAGAUUGAUGAAAGAUUUUGGGAGGAGGAUUUUAUCAUCCCAACCUGUCAUAAAUGCAAUGGAGUUCUCAAACCUGAUGUUGUCUUCUUUGGUGAUAACGUUCCCAAGGACAGAGCUGAUAUGGCAAUGGAAGCAUCUAGAAGAUGUGAUGCUUUUCUUGUACUUGGGUCAUCGCUGAUGACCAUGUCUGCAUUUCGACUUGUCAGGGCAGCUCAUGAGGUUGGUGCUGCUACUGCAAUUGUGAACAUAGGUGUGACACGUGCUGAUGAUUUUGUGUCCUUGAAAAUCAAUGCACGAUUGGGUGAGAUCCUGCCAAGAGUACUUGACAUGGGAUCCAUAAGAGAUACGAUUUUAUGAUGAAAAGAUGAAUCAAGUUACAUUUGAACCCUUCUAGUCCACUUGCCCAACCCUCACCUAUUUGUGUUGUUCAUUUAUGUCUGAAUAGUGACAGGGUUUCAAUGUACAUCUAACACUUCGUCGAUUCUGUAUAUGCCAGUUUCCACUGUCCACCUUAAGAAAUUAUGAAGUGAUGCUUGCAGGAUUUCAAUACAGGAGCAGAUGGUUGAUGUUUGUCAUGCUGGGGUUUUAGAAGUAAAAGCCGAGUGGUGCCGGUUUCAAUUCAUUGAUUAAAUAACUUCUGUUGAGGAAAGAGUCACACUUAAGUUCUCGUUAACGACCUACUGAAAAGUUGCUCUAAAUUCAGUGACUUGCAUUUUUUCUCAUUAUUCUUGUCACAUGUAAUGAUAUUAAUGAGAAAUUCAGUACAGAUGUUAAGCGAUAUUCAUGUUCUCUGUAUUGGAAUGAACAUUUUUUCAUAUUAUCUGCCGGUUAGAAGAAACACGUCAAAUAUCAU